AUGCUCCGAUGGGUUAGCUGCUUGACCCUCUGCUCGCUGGUAUUGAGAUGCCAGGGCAUCCGCGGAACGUCUUCGUUUACUGGGCCGAGUUCUUCUCUCCUAUCCUCCGCAUCCGCGAGCUCCAUUGCACUGCACCAGGCCGUGACCUUUAGCCGCCAGACGAUGUCUGGCAUCAGGGACUCCUUUGCCGCGGUUGCGACUGACCCGGAUGUUGCUGACGCAGAGGAGGCGGACGAAGCAUCCGAGUUGAUGUCGUAUCUUUUCAACGCAACUUUGCAGAAGUGCAAUGAACUAGACGCAGAAGGCGGCAACAUCAACCUAAAGAACAGACUCCAACAUAUUUGCUCCCAAGCAAAUGCAAGCGGUCUACUUGAGAUCCUUUCAGAAAAGAUCAAUGAUGCGGCGGUGGCCCAGUGGCUUUGCAGCGUCACCGGCGUUGCUACGGAUCAGUUACUUAAAUUCACUCUCUACACAGUCAAGGCUGUGUCCACGCUAGCACCGCUGCCCCCGCCGCUAGGUGUAGUGCUCCACAAGGCUGCCGACAUGGUGCUGAAUCGCCUGAGUCAGGAGGCCGAAGCAGACCUCCAAAGUUUGGAGUCCAAGAUGGAGCAGGUGAGCCAACGCGUCUUUGCCGAGGAGCUCCUCCGUUUGGGCACGGCUCAGGCGAGGGCUGCAAAGGACCAGAUCCAGGAGAUGUCUGUGAUGGAUGCCCUGUGGAGCGAUAGCAUCGAAACGGGAAGCUCGCGUGACAAGGGCUUCGCGCGGACCCUCAGCAAGGCAAGCAGCUUCAAUCGCUGGUCAGCCAUUGAGCAGGACCUGGCGACCAGUGCAGAGCUCUUGCGGCCCCCCAGCUCCAUCCGCGAUGUCCAGGAGCGCGCAAAGUUUGCACGCAUCCUGAAGCCCCACUUGGAGAUGCACAUGCUGGUACUUUGUAACAUGCACAGAGCGGCGCAGGGGAGCAAACAUGAAGCACGGCUACAUCAGACCCUGGCGAAGAAGGCAAGGCGGGUCGCCAGCGUCCUGCUACCCGAUUUGCUACUGCUGAGCGCAGCGCAACGGGAUUGGCCAGCGGCAGUUCUCAAAGCCGCCCUGACGAACCCUCUGUUGCCACGAUCAACAGACGUGACGUGCCGGGACAUGCAGGAAGAUAACGUCUUUGCCUUCGAGUACCUUGCAGUUUGCGUUUGGCUUCCGCUUGUAAGCAUGCAGUCUGAGCAGCCGCCUAGAAUGUAUGCAAACCCACUGAGAGCACCGCUCCGAUCCAACGGUGAUACUGCUCAGACGGGCUUUCACGAGUUCACCCAAGUUCUUGAUUUCGGCGGCGGCAGCGAGGGCGACAUCGACGGCAAUGGCUACAUGCUCGAGGGAUACAGGAUGGAAUGCAACGAGUCUGGGCAUUUCGAAAUCAUACAGCGGCUUUAUCAGAAGCAUUCCUGGGGAAGAGGUGAGCAGA